GGAGGGGUCUUUGCAGCGUUGAAGGAUAAGGUGAGGCGCUUCCUAUAUAGGCAUUACGGUAGAAGGGCUGGCCCUCCUCGGUUCCACCUGUCACUACGGCGUAAAGUUUCAGUUUUUCUGGAAAAGUCAAUGAUUUGGAUCGAAGUGGCGGUUGAGGAAUCUUUGCAUAAUUUCUGGGGAAUGUAGAGGGAGCUCUACCCACAUCCGCUCUAAGCUUGGUCAUCAUUCUGUGCUUCUGUUCAUCCAGGACACUCACACGGGAGUGUCAUACCGGGGGGGGGGGGGAGAGAGGAAGGGGGGGACACCCUUUUCCUGACUGAGCUUCCCGGAGGGGUUGCUCGCAGGCUUGCUGCUGCUUCCCAGAGCUCAGCCAAAGUCCCAGCAGCCGUCCGACUGGGAACUGAACGCGCGGGUUCGCCUGCUUCCUGCAACAACACCCCCGCCCGCCCGCCCUCGCCGCCACCCCAAGGGCUGGAGUUUGCAAUCCAAAUAAUGCAGCUGCCGGAAAGAGGCAGCGACUCCGGUUGUUUCCCUCGGCGGGUCACCUGGCCGGCUUGCUGUCGUUCGCCUCCCUUCCACCCCCACCUGUGACUGCCGCUUGUCGGGCGGAUUACCUAAACUGAACUAACAUGGAGAGGUCGGCGAGUGGCGGGCAGUGCGGCUAAAAGGGCUCGGCGCGCCUUUCCCUCUGCCGCCGCCGCCCGCAGCUCUUAAUCCGAAAAGCCUCCUUGAUUCAAAAGCCAUGGAAGAUUGCUGCCUGCCAGAUCUACGCGACAUCGAGCUCAAGCUGGGGCGCAAAGUCCCCGAGAGCCUCGUGCGCUCCCUGCGGGGGGAGGAGCCGGUGGCCGGCACUGGCGAGAAGGACCGCGAGCAACCCGGCGGAGGACUUGAGCCCGCUCCCGCCGGCUUCUCCGCCUCCCUGGCCCCAAGAGGCCCCGCCAUCCUCCGCGGCAACAGCUCCAGCGCCCUAGAACGACUGGAGACCAAACUUCACCUCCUCCGGCAAGAAAUGGUUGAUCUCCGAGCCACUGACGGCAAGCUUAUGCGCCAGCUACUGGUCAUCAAUGAAAGCAUUGAAUCUAUCAAGUGGAUGAUGGAAGAGAAAGGAGCCAUCACUAGCAGAGGUAGCAGCCUGAGUGGCAGCCUCUGCAGCCUACUGGAGAGUCAAGAGACCUCUUUGAGAGGCAGCUACAACAGUUUGCAGGACGGCAGUGACGGACUGGAUGGCAUCUCUGUGGGGAGUUAUCUGGACACUUUGGCAGAUGAUGUCCCUGGGCGACAUACACCUUCAGACAUGGACCAGUUCAGUGACUCUUCUUUUAUAGAUGACUCACAGUCCCUACAUAAACAUCCCAAGAUCGAGUCCGAUGAGUACUACUGCUUUGGUUAAUUAAAGAAGAAGAUUUAUGAGGGACAAAUAUGCACUUGUAUUUAUGACUUUUCCAUGCUGCUAUUUGUGUUAAGCUUUUUAAAAGCACCUUUAUAAAUGAAAACCUAUUUUAAAUCUGCUUUAGUUUUCUCUUUCAGUGUUGCUCCUAGAUUCUUUUUUCCUCCUAAGUGUUUUUUACCUUCUUAAUUUAUUGCAGUGAUUCUUCUUCUCUUUUAUAAUAUCACUUUUUACCAAUUUUUACAAAAAUGAAGGUGGGGAAAUUAACGUGAUCUUGAAUACAAAGUGUGGGAAUGAUUUUUUUUUUUUUUAAUUCUGCAUCUGACUUACAAUAAAACACUUCCUUUAUCUGUA